ACAGAAAUCACAAAUUAUAUUAGCCCACCUCAGAUGAAUGCACUCCCAUCCAACACAUUAUUAAUCACUUAAAAGGAAAAAUCAACUUACUAAAACUUAAUCCAUAUUUACUGUUUCUUCCCUUACAUAGUAUAGUAUAGGAUAGUAGUAGAUGUAUACAUAAUAUUACUAUCACCUCCUCAAUCUAACCUUGUAAAUAUGUAGUGACAUCAAACUUUGGAUUUGGGCCUUGGAGACAUAAUUUCCAACAAAAUCAUAGUAAUUCACGUGCUUCUUCUCUUUCUUUCUUCAUCUUUUCACCGUUGCCAUCAUCUUCUCCGCAUCCUUUUCUUUCUCUAUAUCUAUUUCUACGUCUGUUAUACUAAUAAUUCUUAUCCUCAAAAAUUAUCUUAUCCCUUCUGCAUCUGAUCCUCCUUCAUCAUCUAAUAAUAAAUCUGAUCAUUUUUCUCCUUGUCUUUCCGUGUCUUCUUCAUUCACUCAGAUGAUAUCCUCAGAGAUUCUUCACCUCAAACCAAUGUUCUUUACAUUUCAAUCUUAGUUCUAUGUAACUGUUUCUUCUUUCAAUUUCUUUUUUUUCAAUAAAGUUUCCGAAUCUUAUUUCAAUUUUUUUUUCUCUCUUUAUGGGUGGUGAAACCGAGGAUCAGCUGCUCCAUGUUGGAAACCUGAUAAAUGGGUUUUGGAAUUUAGCUUUUGUUAUCAGAAAGUGGAGGAUUUCUUAAAGCCAAGAUCUUUCCUUGCAGGAUUCAUACAGGUACAACCAACUGCUGCUUUCGCUGACGGGGACAGAAAAUCAUAAGCUUUUUGCUGCGAGACUGCUCUAUUUAGUGCCAGAAAAACUUAAGAAUUUUGAUAUGACUAUUGCAUUCACGGACUUCAAGCGGGAUGUCCUUCUGGUUGACUCAAUUCCUUCCACAUCAUUUGAUGGCAUCAAAGAGUGGCUUAAUACAACUGACCUCAAGUAUUAUGAGAGCAGACUAAAUUUGAAUUGGCGGCCUAUACUGAAAACUAUUAUUCAUGAUCCAGAAAAGUUCAUUGAAGAUGGUGGCUGGGAAUCUUUAAACAUGGAAGUCAGUGAUUCUGAGUCUGAGAACUCAGAAGAGUCUGACCAAGGGCAUGAGCCUUCAGAUGAUGAGGAUGAUGACAGUUAAUCAUUGGUAGAAUCUGAAGACUCAAAGGAAGGUGAAGGAAAGACUUGGGAAGAGUUGGAGAAGGAAGCAAGCUAUGCAGACAAAGAGAAAGGAGAUGAUUCCAACAGUGAGGAAGAAAGGAAGAGGAGAAAUACCGGCAUAAAAGAUGGUAGUGGCUUUUUAAAAGCCUUCGUUGGUAGGCCUGUAGGAUAUGUUUAAUCAAGGUUUAAGUUGUUGCUUUCUAUCUCUAAAUCAACUUUGUUAUAAACUUUGAACAGUAAAAUAGUUUUGAGAUUAAAAUUAUGGAGGU